UUUAGUGGACAGGCAGAGGCACUGUAGAGGAAGCCGGUACACGCUGUAGAUCAGUGAGGUCGUUUACACCGGAUUAAAUCAUGUAUUAUACAUUCAGCGGUUUCACUCAGAAAUUAACCGGAUCUGUAUCUACAGCCUACAGUCCACAGGGCAUGAGGUCCAGCAUACCAUCUGAGGCCUCCGCGUUGAUUUUUGCCACCCCAACCAAAAUGAUUUCUGAGUCUGGAGCAUCUCUAGAGUACAUGGGUGUCAAUAAAGUUCCAGACCUCCAGAGGAUUUUUCAGUCUUCAGAUGGGAUUCCAGUGCAUUUAAAACGUGGUGUUCCUGACCGGCUGUUGUACAGGACAACCAUGGCUCUGACUGUCGGAGGAGUUCUGUACUGUUUGGUGGCUCUUUAUAUAGCUGCACAGCCCAAGAAUAAAUGAACUUGCUUCUUAUUGUGUCCCCACAAUGGACUCACAUUCAUGGACUUUAAAUAGACUGUCAUGUGUUGUAAUAACCUUUUACUGCCAAGGGUAGUUUGUGUGAAAACCCAGUGAAGACCUCAUGUACAGUAAACACUUCAGCUCUACUGGUUACUGAAUACACACAGUUUUCUUUACUGUAUUUACAUUAACAAGUGAUCAGAAAAAUGUUGCUACAUGAUGUGCAAUACUUGUUAUUUAUGACUGAGUACAAAUAAAAUUGUCUUUACGUAAUAAAGAUAGAUCUAGAAUUGAAAUUCCAUUCACACUUUGUGAUCAUGUUGAGCCCAGACUUGAUUAACCCUGAAUAUUCAACAGACAAUUAAUAAGUAAUUGAUUUUUUUGUGAGAAAGAUAUACAGUGCAUGUGAUGAGUGGAAAAGCAGACCUUUAAAAGUGCAUCUAUGAUGGUUAGUACUGAAUUGAAUUGCACUUAUCUUCUAGUGUAAAUCACAGUUUAAUAUGAAGUGGUAGUGUGUUAUUCAAGGGCUAAAAUAAGAAUAACUGCAAUAAAGUGCUCAAAUAAUGCAGAGGUCUUGAGUGUAUAACAUGUUUAUUAAUGAGUGCAUUAACAUGCACAUUAAUGUCUGGAUAUUGUUUAUUAUCAGAAAAUGCGGUUUAAUGCUUUUAACACUCCCCACCAAACCAAUAAUCUGGAAAAAAACUGAUGACAUCAUUUGCCUUUACCAAUUAGAUAAAUGGCAGUUACAUUUCACCUAAUUCCCAAAUUGGGUGGCGUGUUGGCUUGGUGGGUAGCACUGUCGCCACACAGUUCUGGGUCCUUUCUGUGUGGAGUUUGCAUGUUCUCCUUGGGUUUCCUCUGGGAGCUCCGGUUUCCUCCCACAGUCUAAAGACAUGCAAGUGAGGUGAAUUGGAGAUACAAAAUUCUCCAUGACUGUGUUUGACAAUAAACUUGUAAACUGAUGUAUCUUUUGUAACGAGUAACUACCGUUUGUCAUGAACGUAACCAAAGGUGUGUAAAACAUGACAUUAAACUCCUAAUAAAUAAAUACUUUUCUUUCUCUAAACAUGAUGUACAAAACCCAUUUC